CUAACGAAAGGUAUAGAAACAACAAAUCACCUCAAAAUUGACGAAAUUGAAGGCUAGGGUUGAGGGAAGAACCACCGCUGCAAAUUUGGUUCCCGCAGGUUUGGUGCACGCAAUGAAGGAGGCGGCGACGACCGGCGAUAGGUACGACGGCGUCUGUGCUCGGUGAUGGCAGCGGCGUCUCUGCUCGGUGAUGGCAUCAGACGGAACAGCAACGGAGAGAGAGACGGAGGCGAGUGGCAGCGUCGGCUCCCUGGUCUGUGUCUCCGGUCGGUGUCUCUUGCCGAUGGUAAGGAUUGUGAUGUUCAACGAGUGAUGGGUAUGGGGUUGACGGUGAAAGUUAUGGUGGCGACGAGAUGUCUGGUGCGAUUGUGCGGUGGUAGCUGGAAUCUGGGCUGGGUAGUGGAGGGGCAGUGUACAAAGGGAGCAAGGGCAUUUUAGUCUAUUUAAGUCUUAAAUCAAGCCCUCUUAAAAAUGAGGAAAAGUCAAACCGGGAACAUCAUUCCCGGACGGAGAGAGUAAUAAACUCCCGGGGAGGUUACGGAA